UAAUGUAUUUGGUCUGUGAUCUAUUGUAAAUAUUAUGGCUAAUAGUAGAAGCGCUAUUUUGAGUCUAUAUCGAAAUUUAAUUCGAGAAAGCAGAAAGUGGAAUUCAUACAAUUAUCGGAUGUAUGCUUUGCGUAAAAUUCGACAUGAAUUUCAACAGAACAAGGCAAUACAGGAUCAAGGGAAAAUCGAUGAAUGUUACAAUAAAGGAUUGGAAACGCUUCAAGUUAUUAAGAGACAAGUAACAAUUGGAAAUCUUUAUAGUACUAGGCCACUAAUUAUUGAAACUAUUGAAAAUAAAGCUAAUUUGAAUUAAAGCAAAAAUAUGAAGUUAUUUUUGAAGAAG